AAGAUAAAACGAAAGUUACCAUAUCAGCUGUUAGUUCGCUCUUAACUGCCGUUGUCUUCACGAGUCCAGAAGCACUGAAUAAAAUGCCAGUAAAACCAGUAAAAAUCUCUACAAACGUAGCCAUCUUAACCCGUUAGCUGCAGGCCGCCUAUUCAUGUACUAUAUGAGUAGGUCAUUACACUACACUAGCGUGGAGGCCUUUCACAUCUGGCGAUAAAGCUGUAUUGUAUGGAGUAAAAGAUUGACAAAUGCAUGGCCUGGGCACACUGUCUAUGAGUGACCAUUGUGAGCCACUGCGAUGGUCGAGACAAAGAAAAGCUCACCAAGAUAUGAUAAAUCUACCCAGGUUUACUCUGCAUUAGGAGUGGCAUUCGUUUGUAUAGUGAUAGGUGUUCCCUUGUGGUGGAAGACGACAGAAACCUACAGAGUGUCACUGCCCUACAGCCACAUUGCUGAACUUGCAGCCAAAGAAACAAUAUGUUCAGUUGAUGUGACCAUUGUAAUAUUUGAUGAGAGAAUAGACAAAAAAGACUUGUCAUUAUUUGGAGAAAAUCUGAAGGAGGCACUUGAAGGUACUAGUGGGUCCAGUGGAUUGAAGAUCAAGUUUAGAGGAAACCUCAGAGAUGCGUAUGAAGAUGAGCAAAUGAUUCUGAAAAGAUCUCUAAAUCUAGAAGACCUGGACAGGGAGAUUGACAGAGAAAAGGUUUUGGAGGAACAUGGAAAAUAUUCAUUUUACAUUAUCCCAGCCAAUGACAAACUGUUUCCUGGAACAAGUGACAUUUACAUCGGAAGGAGGAGGAAUGUAUAUUUACAUAUGAAGUCACCUGCUUUGGAGGAUUUAAACAGACUUGUACCUAUUUUAAAGCCCAUUAUAAGAGAUAAGUUUGUAAAUGUGGCAGCACUAGUGAAGACUUUUGAGUCUGCAUCAGGGGCACAACACCUUGAGACUGAUAAAGCCAGCAUGAGAGCUGUUCAUUCCAACCCUGGUUAUGAUGUCACCUUCACAUUGUUAAACCCACAGCCAGACAUUUUAAAUGUACAGUGGGACAUUAAGAGAGGUGUUGAAAAGUUCUUACAACCUUUCAUUGAAAAAUUGAUGCAGUUUGCUAGUAUAACAGUAAAAUCGCAGAUGCUGUACUAUACAAGGCUUGCCUUCAAACCCAAGCACGACAAAAACAAUGGCAGGUACUUCUUAAAACAGGAAGAUCUGCCUCACCUCAUCAAUCCCAUAGAAGCUAAAUUGGGCUCCCAUGUAUCCAACAAUCCCAAUUUAAACUUUGUUGUUUAUAUUCCCACGAGAGAUCAGAGCCCACUCCACAUAUAUGAUGAGAAAGAUUUUCCCACGGCAACCAACUCUUUUCUAAGCCCCAGAUGGGGAGGGGUAUUGCUUCACAAUAUGCCCUCUCCCCAGGAGAACACAACAUUACCAGCACAGGUUCAAGUGGACAUGAAAGCCAUGAUGGAAGUGUUCCUGGCACAGUUGAAGAUGCUGCUGGGGUUUCCUCAGGCUGCCUUCCCUCAAGCUGAUGUAGCACUGCCAGACAACUCUGGAAUUUUACUCUGGGAGCUAGAUUAUUGGCUGCGUUACAGAACACUAGAAAACAUUGCCUCCUCAACAGCCACAUUGAAGUCUUUGGCACAGUUGCUUGAACAAAUAGGAAAUAUUGUCAUUAAUGAUGACAUUGGUAGAGAGGUGCAACAUGCUGUAGAAGAAAUUGAUAAGUGUCACACUUUACUCAAACAGAAUAAAUUAAAGGAAGCUUUUUUAUCAUCAAAAGAGGCCAUUGUAGCAUCAGAAAAAGCAUUUUUUGACCCAUCUCUUCUGGAGUUGUUGUAUUUCCCAGAGGAUCAAAAGUUUGCCAUCUACAUUCCACUUUUUCUACCCAUCAGUAUACCAGUAUUUAUGUCAGUCAUCCAAGCAAUCAAAUAUUUUAGAGGAAAGGACAAGGAAAAGAAAGAGUAAUGACAACAACUGUGUAUAUUUCCACUAAUAUGACAAUUGGGGAGAAGAAUGACGGGAAGACACUAUAUGUUUACCAGUUAAUUCAUAGUCACAUGGAAAAAAGGGAAAAGUUGCCAUCCAUGCAGGGCCUAUAUAGUGACUUGGCUGGUUGUGAAAGAAUCUGGAGAAAGAGACGAAUCUGUGAGGUUUCUUCACUCAAAUUGAAUAGUGAAAAAAGAUAUGAAAAAAAACUUUUAUGUCAAUACAAACUACAGAGGGUUGAUUUGUUUCAUCUUAGAAAAGAAAUAUCUCAUAAACAUUAAAAACAGGCAAAUGAACCAUUAAAAUUCUCAUAGUUCAAAGGUAAAAUUGCAGUUUCUACAUAAGUUUAGAACAAGCCGACGGCUUACAUUUACCUUUUUGUAGUAUCCAGGCAUAAAGAUUUGAAUGUUAGUGUUUUAAUUCAGUGCAAUAAAACUAAUUAUUUCGUAA